AUGUUUUCUUCGCGCAAGUUUUGUGGCAAGCUGACGACAGUUUGUUUUCGAGCCAAUAUGUCCUCUGGGAAGAACAACUUGGAUCCAAGGACUGAAAAAUUCAAAAAGCUUGUAACCCCAUGGGAAUAUUGGGAUGACACAAAACGUUCCCGAGGUUUCCAAUUAUUUGACAUAUCAAAGAUUGGUUCUGCUGACAUUCUAAAAAUGUUACAGACUCCAAUUGAUCUUAGAACAGAGAAGAUACGGUCCUGGUGGAUGAGACGAAAUCAUGCAAGUCAAGUCAGAGACCAAUCUUACGAUGCUGACAGGCAUGAAGCCUUAGGUGGUGAUUUAUCAGCCGGACAUGCUGUCUUAGGCGUUGGUGGCAGCGUCCUCUACAGGGGAAAGCCGUGGAUCUCAAAGAUAAAUAGUAACAAUACCCUUGAACUGCCUACCCAUUUUGAAGAGGGCUGGAUCAUGGAAGCUAUUGACGUUUCUGACUGUUCCAUUCAUUUUGAAGGAUUGUUUAAUAUUCAGAAAUUAAAUAAUGUUCACUCUUUUGCUGCUAAGAAUUGUUCAUAUUUUGAUAAUUGGUGUUUGGAUCAUAUUUGUUCAGAGCUCCUUGCAUUAAAAAAAUUGGAUUUAUCCGGAUGUACGCUUUUAACCCCUGGGGGAUUAUCAGCUUUAAUACGCCUUCCUAAUAUUGAAUCACUUAAUUUGUCAAAUAUUCCUGCCUUCCAAACCAAAGAGGGUGCGUUAGCAUGCCUUCUUCUAAAUGACUACUUUCCCCAGUUAGAAGUACUGGGAGUGGUUGGUGCUAUUGACCCCUCAUCGGAUGAUACAGUGAAUAUUGAUGGUGAAUUGUCAAAAACUAGUGUAUAAUGUGUGUAUUACAUGUUUAAUCUGCAGGGACUAAUAUAUACAAUUCCUAAAAUAA